AUGUCUUCGGGUGCCGCGCUCGACUCGAUCCUGAGGCGAGAGUGUUCUCACAUCGGCAAGUCGUUCGAGCAUUCUGGCGCGUCUCGGUUCAUCGCCAGGCCGAGCGGGAGGUCGCUUUUCGCCAAGCUCGACGAUCAUGUGGAGCAGACGUUGGGCGAGGCUCAUAGUCUCAUAGCUAUGCAUAAAGCUCAGUCGGGAAGCAGUGGUGAGCCAGCAGCAACACUGUCUCCGCAAGUGCACGCCUUCGGCAAGACACAAGACGGCAACCGGGCCUACUUGGUGACGGACUACCUGGAUCUCAAACCUUCUCUCGGCAGGGACGCACAGAAGGCGUUGGGACGAAGGCUGGCAGAAAUGCACAAACAUGGCAGAGCUACCGGCAUGCUGACUCGCCUGAUCCUUGGGACACCAUCGCAGCGCCAGGACAACACCUGGGAAGCCUCUUGGCCCACAUUCUGGGCCGAACGUCGCAUCGGAGACCUCGUCAAUCGGAUCCAUGCGUCACACCCGGAUCCACAGCUCAGGAAGCUGGAAGAGCAGAUGCGGGACAGAGUCUAUCCUGUGCUGCUCGCGCCACUCGAGGGAAAGAUCAAGCCUUGUAUACUGCACGGAGAUCUUUGCUCUAGCUACUACGGUCAUAACGAAGCCGACGGACCUGCAAGGCUCGGAAUCAUGCACAUGUUUGGAGGCUUCACACAGGACUUUUUCGACGCGUACCACGAGGUCAUGCCCAAGACAGAGCCCUACUACGACCAAAGGGUUCGGCUCUACGAGCUCUACCAUCACCUGAACCAUACGCUCAUGUUCCAGGGCGGCUACCGGUCGGGCGCCGUUGCGAUCAUGAAAUCACUCAUCGACUUCUGCGACGGCAAAUCAUCCGCAGAGUGA